UCCAGAUUGGCUGGCAAGAAUCAUGGACUGUUUUCCCAUGCCUUGUUUUCUGUCAUUCUGCUAGGAGGUACUAACCAUGCCAGUUUGAUACCCGAGACGGGGAGGAAGAAAGUUGGAGAACUCCAGGCUCAAGCAGGAUCUGGACGCCGUUCUGGGCAAAGCCAUGAACUCUUGCGGGGUUUCGAGGCGAGUUUGCUGCAGAUGUUCGGGCUCCGCAGGCGGCCCCAGCCCAGCAAAGCAGCCGUCAUCCCCGCGUACAUGCUGGAUCUCUAUCGGCUGCAGUCCGGGGAAGAGGAGGAAAGCCUGCAGGACAUCAGCCUGCGGUAUCCCGAGAGAUCCACUAGCCGGGCCAACACCGUGAGGAGUUUCCACCAUGAAGAACAUCUGGAGAACCUCCCAGGGCCCAGCGACACCCCCCGCGUUCGCUUCCUCUUCAACCUCAGCAGCGUGCCGGAGAACGAGGUGAUCACCUCGGCCGAGCUGCGGCUGUACCGGGAGCAGCUGGAAGCGCGGAGCCCCGCGUGGGAACGGGGCUCGCACCGGAUCAACAUCUACGAAGUGAUGAAGCCCCCGCCGGCCCGCGGGCAGGUGAUCACGCGGCUGCUGGACACGCGGCUGGUGCAUCACAACGUGUCCCGGUGGGAGAGCUUCGACGUGAGCCCCGCCGUCCUCCGCUGGACCCAGGACAAGCAGCCCAACCACGGGCUGGCGGUGGAGGUGACCCCGCUGCCCGCGGCCCCCGCGGGCCCCGGGAACCACGUCAGGAUUAGCCGAUCUUUACCUCAAGGAGACGGGGACUGGGCCCAGCUGAGGCCGCUGCUGGUCACUUUCAGCCACGACGGCAGGGGCCACGCACUGACCCGCCGGGCCCGCCGCAGCGCCAAGCACCAGCGGCCCCGCAAGAACAAAAAAAACUGCCGCCGCCACGCGCUCUAUGUGGAUUUCAGCGACGUGGGCUGGAACGACUGGAUCGUGGCCCCCCCGGGCUACCAGGCCUUUUACUGCCACGGGGACUGCCCCUUCCCUUUGGCCGACCACCUCAACUCCACCAACCACGCCAUCGUGCAAACCCUGGUGAACUCCGUCAACGCCAGCAUCCCCAAGGCCUGCUGCGUGCCCACGGAGCUGAGCGCCAUCUCCAUGCUCUACCUGGACGAGUAUGACAAAGUGGUCCUGAAAAACUACCAGGAGAUGGUGGUGGAGGGGUGCGGGUGCCGUUAA